CGACUUGUCAUCCACCCUCCACCGAGUCUACUAUCUACUAUCUCCUAUCUACCCUCAUCAUUGAACCAUCCCAUCCCUUAACAGCAGCACAAACACAUCACAAUGCUCAACAUUCCCUCUCCACCAAUCCCCCUCGAUGAGUUCCGUGUCUCAUACGAAACAGGCUUCUUACCCGUUCACUCCACCGCCAACAACAAAAAACUCCCUCUUCACAGACUCUCAAACCCUUAUUAUACACCAUGGGAAGAUGUCAUGACCAAUUUACCCCGACUCAUUCAAAGUGGCGAGAUUAGAAAGAAGAUUCUUGACUUACCGGUCCUGUCUGUUAACGGACUUGAUGCAAAUGAAGAAGCCGAAUGGCAGAGGGCGUACCUUGUGCUUGCAUUUUUGACGCAUGCGUAUAUCUGGGGUGGAAAGAAGGCUGAAGACAAACUACCACCAAGCAUAUCCCGUCCUUUCGUAGAGAUUUCGGCUCACCUCGAACUCCCUCCCUGCGCGACAUAUGCAGCACUAAAUCUGUGGAACUUCACCACCAAACCUUCAGAAGAUAACGAAGAUAUUGAUCUCACCAACCCGGAUAAUCUCUACACCAUCAACUCUUUUACUGGCACAGACGACGAACGCUGGUUCCUCGUCGUUUCGGUUGCCAUGGAAGCCUGCGGCGCAAAAAUGAUUCGUCUGGUUCUCGACAGUAUCGUCACCAUCAACAUGACUACUAAUAAUACUUCCGAAGACGACGGCAACACUGAUAUCAGCAGUAACAGAAACGUCAUCCUGACAAACCUCCUGAAUGAAAUGGGCAAAUGCAUAGAUGAACUAGGCCAUAUACUGGAAAGAAUGUACGAACGAAACGACCCCAUGACAUUCUAUCAUCAAAUACGACCGUUAUUAGCCGGAUCAAAGAAUAUGGCUGCAGCCGGCUUGCCGAAUGGCAUGUUUUAUGAUACGGGCGAUAACAAUGGGCGAUGGCAUCAGUAUAGCGGUGGAAGCAAUGCGCAGAGCUCACUGGUUCAAUUGAUUGAUAUUGCCCUGGGGAUUCAACAUAUUGCUAGUGGAGAGGUUUCUGAUAAGACGGGGAAGGAUCAGCGCACUGCUUUCAUGAAGGUGACUCCCCUUUGGUCCCCUUUUUGGUCGUUUGAGAAUUAGGGUUUCUGACAUGGUUUGAAGGAAAUGAGGAAUUAUAUGCCAGGCCCUCAUCGCAAGUUUCUUGAGUAUAUCGCUUCAAUCGCCAAUAUACGUCCGUAUGCCCUUAGUCUCCCAGCGUCGUCGGACGUGCGACAAGCAUACAACGCAGUGAUUAUGAAACUAGGCGGAUUCCGUGAUAAGCAUAUCCGGAUAGUUUCGAGAUAUAUCGUUACGCCUGCAUCGAAGCCUGCUCCUCAGUCGUCGAAGUAUGAAGAGGUUAGAGUCAACCUUGCGAGUGCCACGUCCCAUAAUGCAGAGUCAGAUACGAUGGGUACUAAUACCACAAACCCGAGGGAAGAGAAGGUGUUUUAUGGAACUGGAGGGACGGAUUUGAUUCCGUUUUUGAAGGCAACGAGGGAUGAGACUAAGGCUGCUGCGAGAUUUGUCGAAUAGUAUCGGUGAUACCUAGGUAUGAGUAAUAUACAGUUCACUU